AUGUCCAAGCACGCAACGCUCAUCAAACCUCCGAAAUCCCUCCCCCAUCACUCCCCCAUCGAGAAUGUCCUGUCCCUCCUGCCGCUCAUCGACAUCGGUCCUGACAUCUACACCAACGCUCGCCCUCUCUGGCACCCUCCCGGCGCAAGAGGCAUCUAUGGCGGCGCGGCCAUCGCCCAGUGUCUGUCCGCCGCCCAGGCCACGAUCCCACCCGAUUUCACCGUGCAUAGCAUGCACUGUUACUUUGUGCUUGCCGGCAACAGCGAGAUCCCCAUCUUGUACCACGUGGAACGAGUCCGGGACGGGAAGAGCUUCAUCACACGGACGGUGCAAGCGCGACAGAGGGGCAAAUGUAUUUUCACGACGACACUGAGUUUCAUGAAGGCGGGUUCCGGCGGGAAAGAGACGGUCCAACACGCCCUCCAAAUGCCCAAGGACGUCACCCCGCCGCCGAACGCCGACACGGACCGCCAGAACGUGAGGUCCAGCGACCGGCCCUUCGAGGCAGUCCGCGUGCCCAUCACGAACCGAAACGGCCCGCCUUCGGAGCGCAAGUUGCGACAAUGGAUCCGCGCUCGCGGCCGCAUCUCCGACUGUCCGCCAAACAUCCGUGAGGAGGAACUGCAGUCCGGCCAGAGAGCGAACCUACCGGGCGACAACCACCAAGCGCACCUGAGCGCGCUGGCGUAUAUGAGCGAUUCGUACUUUAUCGGCACGGUUUCGCGGGUUCACGGCCUCCAGCGCUUCGGCAGCCCCGGCAACAUCGAACGCAGUCUCUCCAACUUCAGGGGUUCGGAAGAAGAGAAGAAACAAAUGCGCAAGUACCUCGAAGACAUUGCCAAGGACGAGACGACGGAACACGAAGAAAUGGCGCUGAACAACGAGGACACGCGCAGCAUCGGGAUGAUGGUCAGCUUGGACCACACGAUAUUUUUCCACAACCCGAGGGCGUUCCGCGCGGACGAGUGGAUGUUGACCGAGAUGGAUAGUCCAUGGGCCGGCGACGGGAGAGGGUUGGUCAUGCAGAGGAUCUGGAGCAAAGACGGAGUUUUGAUUGCGACGUGUACGCAAGAGGGCGUUGUCAGGCUGAAGCAGAAGCCGACGGCUAGUAAGAUAUAG